UUAGUUUUUAAGCUGUUGCCGCAAUUAUUUAUCAGCAAACUAUGAGCUAUAUUACACUCAGGCUUGAAACCACGACACUAGUUGUAGUUCUUUGUCAAUGAACGUCACUCAUUGUCAUUGUCAUUGAUUGAGGUAGUAGUAGACGUGGUCGCAACCGGAGGAAGAGUAACACUUUACAGUGAACCAUGGAGGAAAGAUGCUGGUGAUAGGUGUGGAUGUGGGAGGCACAAACACAGAUGCUGUGUGUUUGAGAGGAAUCGAUGUUGUCGCAUCGAGGAAAGUACCAACGACGGAGAAUGUGACUUCAGGAUUGAAACAGGCUCUGGCUGAGAUUCUAAGAGAUGUUGAGGACUCUCUGGGUCCAGAUGCUUUGAUUAGUCGUGUGAACAUCGGAACUACACACUUUGUCAACGCAGUCAUCCAGAGGAAAGGUCUGACCCCAGUGGCUGUUAUCAGACUCUGUGGCACAGCGUCUCUCAUGAUGGAACCAUUCAUUGAUUUUCCAGAAGAUCUUAAACAGAUUUUGUGUGCCUCAACUCAUCUUGUGAACGGCGGCUAUCAAUUCAAUGGAGAGGAGAUAACGCCAUUGGAUGAGGACGAGCUGAUUGGCUGUAUUCAAACUCUAAGAGCCAAUGGCAUCAAUAAUGUGGUUGUGAGUGGCAUCUUCUCAUCUGUCAACCCUGCCCAAGAAAUCAGGGUCGGAGAGCUUCUGCACGCCCAUCAUCCCUCAGUGAGUGUCACUCUCUCACACACAGUGGGUCAUCUCAGCAUCUUAGAGCGAGAGAAUGCAUCCGUUCUAAACGAGUGUCUUAAGACGCUGUGUGCAAGGACCGUGACAAUGUUUGCUAGCACCUUGGAGGAGCUUGGACUGACGUGUCCCUUCUAUCUGACCCAGAAUGAUGGUACCGUCCUCAGCUGGGAACAAGCCCUAAGAUACCCCACCCUGUCCUUCUCGUCAGGACCAACUAACAGCAUGAGAGGUGCUGCAAGACUAUCAGGCAUUGAGAAUGGUAUAGUGGUGGAUAUCGGUGGGACCUCGUCUGAUGCUGGCUACCUCCAGGGUGGCUUCCCCAAGGAGGCGUCGACCAAAGUCAAAGUGGGAGGAGUCAAUACCAACUUCCAGAUGCCAGACGUCAUCUGCAAGGGACUGGGCGGAGGGUCUCGUAUCAGAUACAAGGAAGAGAAGGGACAAAUUAUCUCUCUGACCAUUGGUCCAGACAGUGUAGGCUACCUGCUCAACAAGGAGUCCAGAGUCUUUGGUGGUGCUACGUUGACCAGCAGUGACAUUGCAGUGGCCGCUGGAUUGACCUCCUUUGGUGACCCAGGUCAAGUAGCUGACCUCCCCGAUGACCUGAUAAACAAAGCUGUGGAUAAGAUUCAUGAGAUUCUUGAAGAUCUGAUAGACCAGGUCAAGCUGAGCCCGGAUGAUGUACCUGUGAUCAUAGUUGGUGGUGGCAGUGUUCUUGUAGAUGAGAAGCGUCAAAUAAAAGGAGUCUCUAGGAUUAUCAAACCACCUCAUUAUCAGGUAGCAAAUGCUGUAGGGGCAGCCUUGAGUCAAGUGAGCGGAGUGAGAGACACAGUGGUCAGUCUCGAUCAAACUACCAGAGAAGCGGCUUUAGAGGGGGCUAAGCAGCAAGCCACACUGGUUGCAAUUGAGCACGGUGCUCAGCCGGACUCUGUGAAGAUAACCCAGGUGACCGUGACACCCUUAGCAUACUUACCCGGUAGCGCAGUACGCAUCAAGGUCAAAGCAGUUGGGGAUCUAAUGACAGGCAUAGAGUCAUCUGGGAAGAUGACAGAUACCGCGUCACUAGUUAAUGCAUCUGAGUCCCUCAAGAAGAUACUAGACACUAACAGCAAGGCUGCUACUCCUAAAGAUGCAACAAUCAAGCAAGCAGCCAGUUCAGUCGUACCAAGUCCCUCCUCACCAGCACCUUCCAGUAAACUGCCUGAACCCAACGUUGAUCCUAUCACCGGUGAAUGGUUGCUCUCUGAAUACGAUGUGGAAUGCAUUGCCAUAGGGGCAGGGAUCUUAGGGUGCGGCGGGGGUGGCAGCCCCAACCUGGGACGCCUCAAUGCCCUGAAGAUACUGAAAGAAGGGAAGAAGAUUCGGGUUAUAGCUCCCACCAGGAUCGGUAGUACCCCAGCCCUGACAGGCUUGGUGAGUCCUGUAGGCUUCAUGGGAGCUCCUGGCAUCAUGAUAGAAAAACUAGAGAGAGGGACCGAGUAUACAGAUGCAGUAGAAUGCCAGCGCCAAGUCCUUCAAGCUGGAUAUAUGGAUCAAAUUCCAGACAAAAUAGAUGGUGUUGAGGUUAUGAGAGACAAUGGCGUGGUAUAUGUUGAUGACUACCCUAUUGAGACUAGUAGUGCAGGCAGCAGGCCAACUACCGUCUCUAACGUGGUCGCUGUGAUGAGUUGUGAGAUUGGUGGUACCAAUGCCAUGGUGCCGUUUACGGUGGCUGCCAAGUUGGACUUGCCGGUUGUGGAUUGUGACGGCAUGGGGAGAGCUUUUCCAGAGCUUCAGAUGUUUGUCCCCGCCAUCUUCAACCAUCCAUUAUACCCUUGUGUCUUAACGGACGAGAAGAGACGGAGAGCCGUCACCUUCAGAGCAGAGACAAGCAAAGAUUUAGAGAACCACUUCAGGAGAGUUGUUGGAGAGAUGGGAUGCCAAGGAGCAUUAGCCUUAUCUCCUUUAAGCCGAGAUGCAGUCCUGAGUCACACUGUUCUUCACUCAGUGAGCCGUGCAUGCCAGCUCGGUCAAGCCGUACUGCGGGCCAAGAGGGACAAGACGUCACCGAUUGACGCCAUCUUGAAACAUGAGAAUGGAGUCCUGCUCAUCACUGGAAAGAUUGUGGAUGUUUCGACUGCGAUAACUGGGGGUUUCUCAAGAGGACAGCUAAGGGUUGAAGGAACCGGAGAGAGUAAAGGACAAGAGUUGCAGGUGGACUUUCAGAACGAGAACUUGGUGGCAAGAAGAAUGGACAACGGAGAUCAUGAGGUCCUAGCAACGACCCCUGACCUCAUCACCAUUGUAGAUGCAGAUUCUGGCCAGCCAAUCAGCACUGAGGAGCUUCGCUUUGGUCUUCACGUUGCCGUCUUGGUCCUGGCUUCAUCCCCACUGCUACGAACGCAGAGGGCCUUAGAAGUAGUUGGCCCUCAUGCGUUUGGUUAUGAUCUUGAGUUUAAGCCAGUUGCUGAAUAUACGUCUCAUCAUCCAAUUCCUCUUUAAGUUUUUUUCAAGUCACAAAUUUGUUUGUACAAAAUGGCAGACCAUGCUAUAUUUUACAAAGCUACAGGAAAAUCACACUUUUUCGAGGGACAUUUGUGUGAAACAAUACGUUCUAAUAGAUGUUAGAUUUCGAUUGGCCUCUACCUACCGGGCAAUCUCAGUGGUCUAAAUGGUAAGACACUGCUCUAGGAUUUGAACUGCCUCUAGCUUCCUGG